UUUUCUCCAACUUGCUUUUUUAAUCUCUCUAAAUCGAGCAUGCACCGACAAUCUCUCAGCUCACCGGCUUCCAAGCAUGGAAUCGUCGUCGGUGCCGGAGUCAUUAAAGACGACAAUAUCAGCAAGCUCACUCCGGAGGACCUGCAGAAUCACCGGAAAGAAAAAUUAGCCCCCUCCGCAGCUGAUGACGAAGAACAUCAGUCAGAGAAGCCUCAUCAACCGAAGUCAAUGACAUUUUCUUCUUUGAGACUCAUCCACCUGAUUCCACUCCUCACUCUGUUUUGUUUCGUCAUCCUCUAUCUCGCCUCUCACGAUCCUUCCGGAAAAGAUUUAGCUCAGUUUGAUGGAUUCACAACGCUAUCAUCGAAGAAGAAUGUCAUAGAUUCAAGUGAUUUUCUCAUCGAGAAGAACGAUGCCAUGGCAAUUGGAGGAACAAGAAGCUUGCAGCAACAAGAAGUCAAUAAACGACGCCGAUUCAAUCGGAGAUCUGGAAAUUGACUUUUCCUUGAAUUCGCAAACUCUGUGUCUCGAUUUCCCACCCUCGCUUCUCUAUCAAUCGGUGUAGAGAUUCACAGAUUUGUAAGUGGUAAUUCGAUUAUUUUCAAUAGUACACAAGUUUUUAU